AUGUUGAAACUUCGUCUACUCUUGGUUGUUAUUAUGGUUCUGGCAUUUGCUAUUGCUGUUGCAACUGCUGGCAAGGACAAAGAUGGUAGAACGACUGUAGGCUGUAAUGGUAAAAGAAGGGCUAGAAGAAGCAGAAGUAAAAGAUCUAUCAAUAUAUGUAAUUACUUUGGCGGAGCAAAUAAACCUGGCAAUACCAAUAUCGUGCCAGGUGAUGAUAAUAUAAUUAAUCCCGGCUUCAAUCCCGGCUUCAAUCCCGGUGCGAUCGGAAACUCUGCAAUCGGGGGUGGACGCAAGUAA